AUGGUCGGAGCUGUCGAGAAUGAAAAUGCUCCAGUGAUUUCAAUUGUGGAGCAAUCUGAGGACGAUAAAGUAUGGGAAUUUCACUCUAAGUCAGUACGACAUGCACAAGUUUCGAAGAAAACUUGGGAUGAAUAUAUAAAAUAUAAAGAACAAACAUGUCGCUUAGAAGUCGAGAAAGACGCAGAAUCAAAGGCGAAAGGUUAUUUGAGCUGGGAAGAAAUGACGUUCCACAAAAGUUUACGAUCAAAAUUAUUGCCGGGUUUGACAACUAGUGAUGCUUUAUCAUACAAAGAUGCAAUUAUGCUAUCAAAUGUAGAUAAUCGCUUGCUUUCACCAGAACCAGAAUCGCUUUGUAAAAUUGGCGUAAUUGAUGAUAGCGAUCAAAAUGAAAUUGCUGAGAGAAGCCGUUUUGAAGAUACUUUGAUAAGUCGAUUGUUUCGGAAAGAAAUACGGGAAUCGGAACAAGGAAAUUCAGAAACUCAGAAAACUAAACAUGAAGAGCUAUCUGAUUCUUAA